AUGGCGGGCACGCAAGUCCACAUGUGCAAGACCAUCUUUCCCGCCCACGCCAACCACCACGGGGCGCUCAGCGCAGGGCAGCUCCUUAAGUGGAUCGACACCACAGCUUGUUUAGCGGCUGAAAAACAUGCUGGCUUCUCUUGCGUGACAGCAUCAGUGGAUGAUAUACAGUUUGAAGAGACUGCCAGAGUUGGACAAAUUAUCAGCAUCAAUGCAAAAGUAAACCGGGCCUUCACUACCAGUAUGGAGGUUGGUGUCAAAGUUACACUACAAGAUCCCUUAACUAAUGUUGAGAAAUUGAUUAGCGUGGCUUUCUCUACAUAUGUGGCAAGACCAGCAGAUGGUGAAAAGGUUAACUUAAAACCAGUAGAACUUCUUACUGCAGAAGAUUUCCUGGAGUACACGCUAGCUGCCGAGAGAAGAAAAAUCCGCCUAGAUCCUGAACAUGGCUUUAAGAACCUAAUGCAACAGUUAUGCACUAUUUGGGAACGUGUUUGCAGUAAUGAGGAAGAUGCCAUUUCCACAGACCUUACCCAUGUACAAAGCAUUGAACUUGUAUUGCCCCCUCAUGCCAAUCAUCAAGGAAAUACCUUUGGUGGCCAAAUUAUGGCUUGGAUGGAGACAGUGGCUGCUAUUUCUGCAAGCUCCCCCCCCCCCCCCCCGGCAUUCUCUCGCCUGAGUCGUUUUCAUCCAACUUUGAAAUCUGUAGAUAUGUUUAAAUUCCGGGGACCUUCAACCGUGGGUGACCGCCUUGUUUUCAAUGCUAUAGUGAACAAUACUUUUCAUAAAAGUGUUGAGGUCGGAGUUCGUGUUGAGGCCUACAACUGUGAAGAAUGGGGCAAAGGCCACGCAAGACAUAUUAACAGUGCAUUUUUCAUUUUUAAUGCUAUACAAGGAAAUGGCGAGCUUUUUAUGUUUCCCAGAGUCAAGUCUACUACGAAGGAUGGUUUAAGAAGGUACCGUGAAGCUGUUGCCCGCAAGAGAAUUCGAUUAGCCAGGAAAUGUGUUCUCUUGACGAAGGAAGUUGAUCGCAUCCCUGAUCCCUGGGACAAAAUCAACCAGGAAAACAUAAUCAACAGCAAUAUUGCAGCAUUGACUAUAAUGGCAGCAAAACCUGGAUGGAAAGUAACUAGAACUCUAGACUCAAAAAUUAAAAUAUUCACUCUAGAGGAAGGUGCUGUGGCAAUCAAGGUUGAAAUGCAAGUACGAAUACCUUCAGAAUUAGCCUUUUCCCUUUUGUCUGACUUCACACUCCAGGCACAUUGGGACAAAUACUGUUUAACUUCUAGAAUUGUGCAGAACAUAACAGAAGAUGACAAAAUAUACUCCAUUACAUCCCCAUCAGUUAAUGGAAAUAAGUCUAAUGAUUUUUUAAUUCUUGUAUCUCGAAGAAAACCCUGUAAGACUGGUGAUCCCUAUGUAAUAGCUGUGAGGUCAGUUGCCUUGACCUAUGUUCCACCUUUUAACCAAAACUACCGCAGAAGACAAAUCGAGUAUGCAGGAUUCUUGAUCUACAGUGAUGGUAACAAUUCUUUGGUCUCUUUUUACAACCAGGGCACCCCUGCUGUCAUGUCUUAUUUUGCUUCAAACUUUACUGGUCUGUCCGAAUCAAUUGAGGAUACAGCUUCUGCGUGCAUCCGGUUCUUGGAGUUUGGGAGCAGCAAGAUGAAUGCUACUUCAUUGAGUGACAGUUCAUGA